GUGGCAGGGUACAGGCUCUGGGAGUAUAAAUUGUUGAACAGCAUCCCAAUCUUCAAAACCUUUUGGGAUUUUCUUGGCAGACGGUGGAGUGAUGGCUUCCUCUCCAGCUCAUUUAACAGAUGAAGAAACUGAGGUAUUCAGAGUCACGUGGCUUGCCCAGGGUCACGUGGCUUGUGUUGGGUCACACUGCAACUAAGUGUCUGAAAUCAGAUUUAAAUUCGUGAAGAUGAGUCUCCCGGGUUGCCGGCAGAGCACUCUGCUCAUUUCGCCACCUAGCUGCCUAUGGAGACUAUUAAGUAGAAAGAAUGAAACAAUCCCUACUUUCCCGGCGCUUACAAUCUACUGGGAAAGGCAGACAUGCUCACCCCUAGGGGCAGGGGCAGCAGCUGGCCCCAGGUCCAGCAGCUCACAGCUCGGUGUAUCUAAAAAGUUCGUGGGGCUGGGCUUGAUGAAGAUACCCUCCAUAACUUUCCAGGAGUUGUGCUGGUUGGGAUUGGGCAUGCUGUGGACCGACCUCUGCCCGCGGAUGGGGUGCCCGUACAGCUCCCCCGGUGAUGGACAAGUAGACAUAGGUGCAGGAGAAACACCUAGCAUUUAAGUGACUUAACCGAGAUCACCCAGCUUGUCAAAAUAUCAAAAGUCGACAUUGGACCCAACCGCUAGAAGGCAGUGGCUCACCCGCAUAUGCCGCUUCCAUCAAAACCCGGGUUAAAAUGGAAGGGCACUCGCCCCGCGUGGGAAAACUACAAGUCCCAGCGGGCACCAGGAGCGACCUUUACCCGAGAUGCGCCCCAGAUUCGGAGUUCGGCUAUAGGCACGCGAUCGGCCCCACAGCGCUGCCGGCACGGUCAUCCUCACGUCCCCCCUCCCGUGCCAGGUGCUCGGCUCCGGCGAAGGGAAAACAGUCAAGGUAGGAGACCCGGCGGACAAGAUGGAACUGCGGAAUGCUGACGGCUCCUUGGGAGAAAUUGGUUUCUGGGUGGAUAGGACACCUGUUCAUGAAGCUGCCCAACAGGGUGAAACCUUGCAGCUACAGCAACUGAUUGAGAAUGGUGCUUGUGUCAACUUGGCCACCGUGGACUCCAUCACACCUCUGCAUGAGGCUAGUCUUCAGGGUCAGACACAAUGUGUGAAACUUCUGCUGGCUGCUGGAGCCCAGGUGGAUGCCCGGAACAUUGAUGGCAGUACCCCACUCUGUGAUGCCUGUGCCUCAGGCAGCAUUGAAUGUGUGAAGUUGCUGCUUUCUCAUGGGGCAAAGGUCAACCCACCACUGUACACUGCAUCCCCACUACAUGAAGCCUGCAUGAGUGGAAGUUCUGAAUGUGUGCGACUUCUUAUUGAUGUUGGAGCUAAUCUAGAAGCCCAUGACUGCCAUUUUGGUACUCCAUUGCAUGUUGCCUGUGCAAGGGAGCAUCUGGAUUGUGUGAAAGUGCUGCUUAAUGCAGGAGCCAAUGUGAAUGCAGCAAAAUUGCAUGAGACAGCUCUUCAUCAUGCAGCCAAAGUAAAGAAUGUAGAUCUCAUUGAGAUGCUGGUUGAGUUUGGAGGCAACAUCUAUGCCCGGGACAAUCGAGGAAAGAAGCCUUCUGAUUAUACUUGGAGCAGCAGUGCCUCUGCUAAAUGCUUUGAGUAUUAUGAAAAAACACCUCUGACUUUGUCACAACUUUGCAGAGUGAGCUUGAGGAAGGCUACUGGCGUCAGAGGGCUUGAGAAAAUUGCCAAGUUGAAUAUUCCUCCAAGGCUAAUAAAUUACCUUUCAUACAACUAAGACAAAGACAUGGAAGAAAGAAGUGGUCUUGGGAUUUUAUCCUGUGUUGCUAAAAUUAAUUUUCCCAACAUCUGGCAGAGAAAAAUGAUUUUUGUGUCUGUAGUGGUAUUAAUACCAUAUGCAGAACAUUUCCACUUAUCUCUGUUCUGUCAGAGAAAUUAUUUCAAGUGUAAUAAGAAAGCACUAACUCUUAACUCUUUAUUGUAGACAUGCUUCUCGAAUACAGCACUUUAAUCUUGUCACUGUCACAGCCAACCACAUUAGUGAGUGGAAAGGGAGUUGCUAUAGUCUGGGCUUCCUUUAUUUGAUGAACUUUCCCAAAGUGAUUUACAGUAUAAAGUGUGACUCAGAGCAGAGAGGGAAAUGACAGUUGUGAAUCUUUCUAUGGAGACUUCUGAGCCUGCCUUUAUCUGGUAAGAGCUCAUGUUGAUGUUUGGAACUCUAGUGUAACUGAUUCCAUUUCACACGUAACUUCUUUAGGAUUAUAUGUUUAUAGAUAGGUGUGAGUUUUGUAGUUCAAAUGCCUUGGAAAAAUUAAGGGCAGUCCCUUUAGAUCAUUGACAGCAGGACCCUGAAAUAAUUGCUCUAUAAAUACCCUUCUGUUUACAUACUCUAUUUUGCACAGUAGCAAGGCAUAAAAAAAGCCCACUGAGGCUAAAGGGAUUUAUGUUUCUCAGGAAGCUUUUUAUGGGUCUGAGUUGUGGAGAAUGAUGACUGCAGCCUGGUAAUGAUGUUUGUAUUGAUUGUAAGGAGUUCAGUCUACCACUAGUUUACUUAAAGACUUGAAGGCCUGGUGAAGAAUAGCAUACUAUUUACACAGGGGGAGGAAGAACCCACUGCCUUUAUAAUAGCUGAAGAUUUAGCUUUUUUUUUUCAAGGUUCCCUACCUCAUCAUAGGUAAAGUUAAAACUUUCUCAUUUGGGCAGUCUUUAAAGCCUAGUUAGUUCAUUGUUAUAGGAAAUGAUAUAAUAAAUUCUUUGUUUGUGUUUAGUCCCUUUCAACUCUUAACUGAAAACUCUUAAGCAAUUAAGUCUAAUAACAUUUGCACAUAAUAAAUUCCUAUCUUCCUCAACCCUUCCAAUAUCCCCAAAUCCAGAUUUCAAUAAAAGCUGUUGGUCAAAAAGAAUAA